AUGGAGGACUCGAAGGCUAAUUCAUUCCCAGCUGGAUAUGAGAGCGACUCAAGCAGCGACGACUGGUUCACGGAGCGCCCCCCUGACAAAAAGAUUUACGAUAUUCAGAAUGCUGAUAAUACCGUCAAUUUGCUCAAAUCGGCCAUCAGAGAAGGCAACGUUGCUGCCAUUGAACAGCUGCUGGACAGUGGCAUGGAUGUGGGGAGCAGCCUGGGCUUUGACUGCACUCCUCUGAUGUGUGCUGUCAGUGUGGCGGACGACAAUGUGGCCAAAGUGCUUCUGGACCGGGGAGCCAACGCCAACUUCAGCAAAGGCGGCAGGACGGUGUUGAUGGCCAGCUGCACUGCAUCGGCAAAGGAGGACAAAAUUGCUCGCUGUGUGGAGCUUCUGCUCUCCAGGAACGCCGACCCCAACAUGGCGGACACGUCUCAGAUGACAUGCCUGAUGUUAGCCGCCAGAGACAACCACUGCAAGGUCCUCAACCUGCUGGCGUCUCACGGAGCUGACCUCAAUAUGCAAAACGCCAACGGAUACACCGCCUUGUCGGUGGCCGUGCACCACGGCCAGGAAAAGGCCGUGCUGAAGCUCCUCCAGCUGGGAGCCGACAGCAGCAUCGCCACCACCGAGGGGAAAAGUCCCGCUGAGCUAGCUUUGCUUCUCAAGCACACGCAGAUCGCCAGGAUUCUCUCCUCAGCAUUGAACGUCGAUCCCGUGCUACCUUUCAACUCCACGAAGGAAAGCCUUUCUACGAUCGUCAAGUCCAACACUCCAUCUUUUGCCGAAAGCGUGCCCAAGCUGGAUGAGCUGGAGCUCCUUCUUCACGGCCUGGAUCUCGACUACCUCAUCGACAUCAUGCAUGAGAAGGACAUCACCUGGAGCAAGCUGCUGACUAUGGAGGAGGAGGACCUGGAGAAGGUCGGAAUCACAGAAGCAGCAGACCAGAAGAAGGUUCUGAGCGCUCUGCAGCAGAUGCAUUUGGACAAACUGGACCUGGGCACCAUCGAGCAACUCGGAGUGACCGACAGCGGGAGCGAGGAGCUGCUCAACUUCCUGAUCAAGCUGAAGCAGCAAUGCUGCUGUCUGACGGAAACCAUCCAGGACACCACCCGCCGCCUCCCCCUGCAGGUCUUCAAGCUGGUCUUCGCCCUGGACCACAAGAUGGAGGCCCAGGACGUGUGCAGCCAACUCAUGAUGCAGACCAAAGACCUGCAGACCGAAGUCAACUGCCUGCACAAUAUGCUCUGCCAGAUGAACAAGGCCCCAAAUAGCUGUCGACUUCCUCCGCCCGUCGCCCGCGGCGAGAGGACACUGCCGGCCGUCGUGAGCGUCGCCGCAGCCGCACUGGGGGUGACCCUCCUCUUCCUCAGCCGUGGCUAUCUGCCCAAGUUAGGGAACAUCUUCACAUUCUUGUAAUCGAUAAUACCGUUAUGCUGAACCACACGCAUUUAUUUGUAUGAUGCAAGCAAGACUUGUAAAGUUGAAUCCUGUUUUAUUUUUUUAUAAAAUGAUGUUGUGGUCUUGGAAAACAUAAUUUUACAAGGGUAUGUUCAAAUGUAUAAGUUUUGAUUUUUAGGAGUUCUGAAGGAAAUAUGUUGAUAAAGAAGUUUCAAUUGGCCAAA